AUGACCAUACGGGCCCUUUCGGAGCGAGACAUAAGCGAAGUUGCCGACAUAGUGGCCAACCCACCGACCGAUACUCCUUACCAAUACCUCAAGCAGGAGUUGCUACAGCGACUCCAAGCAAGCACGACACAGCGCCUUCAGCGGCUGCUCUCAACAGAAGAGCUAGGCGACGACAAACCAUCUCAGCUCCUGCGUCGAUUGAAAGCGCUCCUUGCGGACAAGGCAAGCUCGUUCGACGAAGAAUGCUUGCGGGAAUUGUUCCUUCAACGCCUGCCGCGCUCCGCGCGCAGCCUGCUCACGGUGUCCCAGACCAAGUCACUCGCGGAGCUCGCAGCGUUGGCUGACCAACUCACGGAAGACAUGUCCCCGUCCGUGGCGGCUGUUCACUCGUCUCACACCCACCACGCCCAGCCCGACCUGGAUUCUCGGCUACAGACGUUGGAGAAGUCGCUUGAGAGCCUUCGUCUAGAGCUACGAUCCGACCGGUCGCGCCGUUGUUCCCCCUCCCCACGGCGCAUCGGCAGUCGGCCGCAAGACCGCACGGCCGCCUACCGUUCUCCGUCACCUCCACCGCCGGAAUCGCUCCUUUGCUGGUAUCACCUCCAAUUCGGUGCAGCUGCCCGCCAAUGUCGUCCCCCCUGCCAGUGGGCGGGAAACUGGCCAGCCGCCCGUUAG